AUGGAUAGUAAAAACGAUGAUCCUACUUUUAUGGUAGACGAUUCGAAUUAUUUGGCACUAAGAAGCAUUUACACACAAGGAAAAUCUGUGCUAUCAGAAGCAGAAACUUUAAUAGUCGAUCAGUCAUCUAUAGAAAGAAUCCCAGGCGGUUGGCUCUAUAAUAAAUACUCCAAACACCAUAUAAUUUUCCUCAGAGGCUUAAAUCUGCUAGGACUUACUUGUGAACUGAGUGGUUUUAUUGCUGGAGAAUAUUUUUCUAGGUUUGGCGAAAGAUCUGCACCAACAAAUGAGUCUCCUUUUACUAUAGAUCCUUAUUUUGAAUCUUCAAUUUGGAUUUUUAUAUUGGUUCUUUCAGUCUUUUUGAUUCCAGUCUUAUUUAAAAAGUCAACAAACUCCAUUUCAUUCUUAACUCCUCCCUUCCUUGAUUGAGCGUCAUAGUUGAAAAUUCCAAUCCUUGAUUGAACAAUUUUCAUAUAGUCAAGCAUGAGGCUCUCUCAAAUCUAACUACCUAUCUUUGAUAUUAAUGAAUCUUAAAGAUUGCAUGUAUAUUUGCUUCUAGACAUUUCUAAUGCGAUUUUAGUAUCCUUGCUAGUAUACUGCAUAUUCUAUCUCUGGUUAAAUUAAUAAAAAUUAUAUAUAAGAUUAUAUUUCAGAUUUUUUUCAGCCCAUCCUUGACUAAACGCGGACGAUCGGUUCCAUCAAGGGGUAGUAAGUGAAAAAUUAAAAUAUUAUCACUUUCCUGUAUGCGUAUUGCUGGGAGCUUAUAUUUUUUCCAGAAGACUAUAUAGUGAAACAAUUUCAUUUAUUUUCAAUGACCUUAUUUUGAUAAUAGUUGGAAUUUUGCUAGUUAUUGUAUAUUCCAAUAUAAAAUAUGAAGAAGAUGGAAGGUAUAUGGUGACUUGGCUCGAAUAUAUCGGAAUUCAUCUGCAGUUUUCUGUUUUGGUAGCUCUAGUAUUAGUAGAGCUCUGCAGAUGCAUUAUAAUUACAAUAAUAAAAAUAGACAAAGCUCAAUCAGAUGAAAUGUUUGGGAUGAGCUUCAAUAGUUGAACUGUUUUAAUUAUGAGCGUCUUAUUCGUACUGGGAGUUAUUUUUAUGACUAUGUAUAAAGAUAUUUAUUUUGCUGCUGUACUUGGCUAUAACUUUUUCGGCGUAUAUGUGAUGCAAAGAUCAAGCUGUAUAGAAGAAAACUGCUAUGAUGACGUGCAGGAGGCUGCAUUAAUACUUGGCAGCCUGACUUACGGGUUUAUAUUCUUGACGAUUUUAUUUUAUCCGAGACUUAUAUGUUAUAAUUUAAGAGCUCGGAGAUAA